UUUUAAGAAGAUUCCCAUUGCCUAUGCUGAGAAAAUUGGUUCUAGGCACCUCUGUCUGAGAAUAUGAAAGAAAAAGCAGAAUGUGCGUGGAUUUAAAAUUACUGGUUUUAUCAAGUUGUGGAGUGAGAAGUACUGGGGAAACAGUUUGCUCUGUUGCUCACUGCAGAUCUGCUACAAAUUGUUUCUGAUGCAGCUGAGAAAAAUGCAGACCCUUAAAAAGGAACACGGACCUGUUGACACAAGUAGCAAUGUGGACAAAAUUAUGGUACUUAAGUCUACUUUAGCAGAAGUGUCUGAAGAAUUGUCUACAAAUGAAGACAUACUACUUGGUGAAGCAAGCAGUGGAAAAAGCAAAUCUUCAGCUUGCCGGAGAAAGCGAGAAUUCAUUCCAGAUGAAAAGAAAGAUGCUAUGUAUUGGGAGAAAAGGCGGAAAAAUAAUGAAGCUGCCAAAAGAUCUCGUGAAAAACGACGGCUAAAUGACCUUGUCUUAGAGAACAAACUAAUUGCACUGGGAGAGGAGAAUGCCACUUUGAAGGCAGAACUGCUUUCAUUGAAACUAAAGUUUGGUUUAAUUAGUUCUACAGCCUAUGCCCAAGAGAUACAGAAACUCAGUAGCUCAACAACAGUGUAUUUCCAAGAUUAUCAGAGUUCCAAGUCAAGUAUUAGCUCAUUUGUAGAUGAACAUGAACCAUCUAUAGUUGGUGGCAGUUGUAUUUCUGUCAUUAAACAUUCUCCUCAAAGCUCAAUGUCUGAUGUGGCUGAAAUAUCAUCUGUAGAGCAUAAUCAACCAAGUCGCAUACAAAGCAACUGCAGAAGUCCUGAAAAUAAGUUCCAGAUUAUAAAGCAGGAGCCCGUGGAACUAGAGAGAGAGACAAGAGAUGACAGAGGUUCAUACAAAGCAUCCAUAUAUCCAAACUACAUGGGAGCCACCUUUAAUGUGUACUCACAUUCUCCUCCUCUUUUGCAAGUUAAUAGGUCCUCCAGUAACUCCCCCAGAACAUCAGAAACUGAUGAUGGUGUGGUUGGAAAGUCAUCUGAUGGAGAAGACGAACAGCAGGUUCCUAAGGGUCCAAUCCAUUCCCCAGUUGAACAUAAAAAUGUUCAUGCAACAGUUAAAGUUCCAGAAGUGAAUUCGUCUGCUUUGCCUCACAAGCUUCGAAUUAAAGCCAAAGCCAUGCAAGUUAAAGUGGAAGCAAUGGAUAAUGACUAUGAUGCAACACAGAAAUUGUCAUCACCCAUUGAUAUGUCCUCAAAAAGACAUUUUGAGCUUGAAAAACAUGGUGCACAAAACUUGGUGCAUUCUUCUCACACUCCUUUCUCAGUUCAAGUGACUAACAUCCAAGACUGGUCACUUAAACCAGAACUCUGGCAUCAGAAGGAACUCAACGUAAAAAUUCAGAGUGGUUGCAAAACUGGAGUUGUUGAAGUAAAGGACAAUAUCUACAAUGUCUCUGAGUCAGAGAACCUCUAUUUGAAGCAGGGCAUAGCAAGCUUAUCUGCAGAGGUUGCUUCGCUUAAAAGACUUAUAACCACACAACAGAUCUCUGCAUCAGACUCUGGUUAAGUUACUACUGACUAAAGGCUCAUUGUUUUAAAGGAUGUCAUUUGCAGUAGAUCAAUACAUUUUGUAUUAUGCUGAAUUUUCACUGGACUUGUGAUGUCAUUUCACUGUAAUGUUCACAUAAUGUCUGAUUGGUGUCUUUUUGUGCACAAAUUAUCAUGAAGACUAGGUUGUGUUUGAUCACUAUGCCUUGUGUAUAGUCAAGUAGCCUGUACAAAGGCUGUAUAUAGUAAACUUUAUUUUCUUUUUUUUUCUUCUAAAGUGUGCAAGUUACCAGUUACAAUAAAAUAUUGGUGACAAACA